AAAAAGGCAACAAAAAAGCAGCACCCAUCUGUGUGUGUGAGAGAGACAGAGAGUCUGAUCUAGUUCUACGAACAUAUUAUACAUUUGCCCUCAGGAAGCUUACAAUGCCCUCCUGACCACUUUGAUGUCUCACCCCACCAAGCGCUCCCUCAGCAACACUACCACCUCCUCGUCCGGCGGCGCUUCCCCUCAUUUUCCUCCUAUGAAAAAAGCCAAGUCCCAGGCCGUGGCUUGCUCUCUCGACCCCAAGAACGGCCUCCAGCCACCACCCCACCCACCUCCUCCCUCUUCCCACCACUUCCCUGACGACGACUUCGACCCCUCCGCCAUGGCCCUUGACGAUGAUCUCAAGCCCGACGAUGCCGACGCCGCGGCCUGUAGCCGACCUUCAGCUGGUGGUGUCACCGCCAAUUUGUCCCGUAAAAAGGCCACGCCUCCUCAGCCCGCCAAGAAGCAGCUUGUUAUCAAGCUCCUCAAAGCUAAACCAACCUUACCCACAAAUUUUGAAGAGGAUACAUGGGCAAAGCUUAAGUCAGCUAUUAGUGCUAUAUUCUUGAAGCAACCUGAUCCCUGUGACUUGGAGAAGCUUUAUCAGGCUGUUAAUGAUCUCUGCCUCCACAAGAUGGGUGGAAAUCUCUAUCAACGGAUUGAAAAGGAGUGUGAAUCACAUAUACGUGCAGCAUUACAAUCUUUGGUUGGCCAAAGCCCAGACCUGGUGGUUUUCCUAUCACUUGUUGAGAAAUGCUGGCAGGACCUUUGCGAUCAGAUGUUGAUGAUUCGUGGUAUAGCCUUGUAUCUUGAUAGAACAUAUGUAAAACAGACUCCAAAUGUGCGUUCGCUCUGGGAUAUGGGUUUGCAGCUUUUCCGCAAACAUCUUUCUUUAUCUCCAGAAGUUGAGCACAAAACUGUAACUGGUCUCUUGAGAAUGAUUGAGAGGGAAAGAUUAGGUGAAGCAGUAGAUAGGACUCUCCUUAAUCAUCUUUUGAAGAUGUUUACUGCUCUAGGAAUUUAUUUGGAAAGUUUUGAGAAGCCAUUCCUCGAGUGUACGUCUGAAUUUUAUGCUGCUGAAGGCAUGAAAUACAUGCAGCAAUCAGAUGUUCCGGAUUACUUGAAACAUGUGGAGAUAAGGUUGCAUGAAGAACAUGAAAGAUGCUUACUGUAUCUGGAUGCAAGCACAAGAAAGCCCCUGGUAGCAACUGCAGAAAGACAACUCCUUGAACGCCACAUAUCUGCAAUUCUAGAUAAGGGUUUCAUGAUGCUGAUGGAUGGAAAUCGAAUUGAGGACCUCCAGAGGAUGUAUUUACUAUUUUCAAGGGUUAAUGCCCUCGAAUCACUAAGACAGGCCCUUAGCUCUUACAUCCGAAGAACCGGGCAAGGAAUUGUUAUGGAUGAGGAAAAAGAUAAAGAUAUGGUUUCCUGCCUGCUGGAAUUUAAGGCUUCUCUUGAUACAAUAUGGGAAGAAAGCUUUUCAAGGAAUGAAGCAUUUUGCAACACCAUAAAAGAUGCAUUUGAACAUCUCAUUAAUCUCCGUCAGAACCGACCUGCUGAGCUUAUUGCAAAGUUUCUGGAUGAGAAACUUCGUGCUGGGAACAAGGGUACAUCUGAAGAGGAGUUGGAGGGUACACUUGAUAAAGUUUUGGUUUUAUUCAGGUUUAUCCAGGGUAAGGAUGUGUUCGAAGCAUUUUACAAGAAGGAUCUGGCAAAAAGGCUACUGUUGGGGAAGAGUGCAUCAAUUGAUGCAGAGAAGUCAAUGAUCACUAAGUUGAAGACUGAAUGCGGAAGUCAGUUUACUAACAAACUUGAAGGAAUGUUUAAGGACAUUGAAUUAUCUAAAGAGAUAAAUGAGUCCUUCAAACAAUCAUCGCAAGCCAGGACAAAACUUCCAACAGGAAUUGAGAUGAGUGUUCAUGUCUUAACAACUGGAUAUUGGCCUACUUACCCACCUAUGGAUGUUCGGCUCCCGCAUGAAUUGAAUGUAUAUCAGGACAUUUUCAAGGAGUUCUACUUGAGCAAAUACAGUGGGAGGCGAUUAAUGUGGCAAAACUCAUUAGGACACUGUGUUUUGAAAGCAGAGUUUCCAAAAGGUAAAAAGGAGCUGGCAGUUUCUCUAUUUCAGACUGUUGUCUUGAUGCUGUUUAAUGAUGCGCAAAAGCUUAGCUUUCAAGAUAUUAAGGACUCUACUGGCAUUGAGGAUAAGGAGUUGAGAAGGACUCUGCAGUCCCUUGCAUGUGGAAAAGUUCGUGUCCUUCAAAAGUUGCCUAAAGGGAGGGAAGUUGAGGAUGAUGACUCAUUUAUGUUCAAUGAAGGGUUUACUGCUCCUCUCUACCGUAUAAAAGUAAAUGCAAUCCAAAUGAAGGAAACAGUGGAGGAGAACACAAGCACCACUGAAAGAGUGUUCCAGGAUCGUCAAUAUCAGGUUGAUGCUGCUAUUGUCCGGAUAAUGAAGACGAGGAAAGUUCUUAGUCACACACUAUUGAUUACUGAACUCUUUCAGCAGCUAAAAUUUCCAAUAAAGCCAGCUGAUUUGAAGAAAAGGAUUGAAAGCCUCAUCGACAGGGAGUACCUAGAGCGGGACAAAAACAACCCCCAGAUAUACAAUUACUUGGCAUAAUCCAUAUUGUCACACAUCUUGUAAAUGAUCCAGGAAACUGCAGUCCUCUUCAGGCUUCCCAAUCCUUUGUCAGAUUCAUGUACAGUAGCUUGCUCCUAUUUUAUUUGUCUCAUUUGGGUCAAUACCAUAACUGUAAAGCAUAUUUUGCCCUUUAUGUUUCUUUUGAACCCUCUUCCUGCAAUGCAGUAGAGUUACAUGAAUAAGCAAACGUUUAGGAUUAAUACCAGAAAAAGGAUCAAAAAAAGAAAAGAAGAAAAAAAAAGAAUAUACCUUCACGUGGGUGGAUCAUUCCAGGUUGGAGGGAAGUAAAGAUGUUAAAUCUUCCUUUUAGCCUGACAAUUUGUGUUCCUUCUCACUGGAUGAUGAUAAAUACUUCACACUAGCAUACCAUUUUAAUGUUGUACUUAAUUCACAUUGAUUUUUUCA